GUUUGUAUUAACCCCGUCAGUCCGGUUGAUGGCGGUAAAAUGUCGAUUUGAGUUAAGUCUGUAAAUAUCUUUACAGAAGAAGUUAUAUUAAUUGACAGUGUUAUGCAUGUUAUGGAUUCUUUGUUUUAUUAUGUCGUUUUUCCUUUCUAGAAGAAAACCAAAACAAAUAACAUUUUAUUACUAACGGAGACAAGCGAAAAAUUAAUCUACGUAGGUUUCAUUUAGCCUUUCAUUUUCCCCGUAGUGAGUUUCUAUGGUUUUCAUUUUAUUCAAGUAGAGACUUUUCCCAAUCAAUUCCACUGCUAGCUAACGAAAGUCGGAGAACAGCACAGAAACGGGAAGAGUGCAAAGCUGAAGGGUGCGCCAACAAAGGACGGAAAGGCUUCGUUUGCGAUUCUCCGUUAAAAGUAGUUUACAACAGCAAAGACUUAAGUUUCAGUUGAAUACAAUGAUGUAGUAUUAUUAGUGUUAAUAUAGCACGACGUCUUCCUGACAACAAGCAUGGCUGAAUCAAACUCCUCAGUUCGCAUAUCUGGAUUUGUUCUUGGUUCUUUGAUGUUUCAGCACUUUAACAGUGAUUCUGAUGUGGAAGGUCUCAUUCUUGGCGAGAGCAAAGCUGAAGAGAGAAGCAACAUUACUGAUUCCCAAAUCGAAAACAUACAGUUUGAGCAUACAAUAAACAUUCAGAAACAUAUAUCCUGUCGCAAGCUCAAUAGCUUCUAUAAUAGAAUAGGCGAGGUAAACCAGGAUGAAAUAAGGCAUAUUUUGUCCAACUAUAAGGAGGAGAAUGUGAUUGGAUGGUAUAAACAGAGAAGAAACACAGAUCAACAAAUGACAUUCAGAGAACAAGUAGUCCAUGAGAACUUGAAGAAAGCACUCUCCAACCACGAGCUGAUCUUUCUGCUUCUCACACCCAGUGAGGUCACGUCAUCAGGCUCCACUCACAAACUGGAGUAUGCGGUCUACAGAUCAUGUGGCAGUCAGUACCGCAGUGUUCCCGUUCUCGUCAGCAACCUGGGUUUGUUGGAACAGCAGGACUACUGGAGGCUCUCUGCGUCUUGUUUGUCUGUCAACUACAACCGCGCUGUAAGGAAACACAGUUCUCGAUUCUUCUCGUCAGAUGGAUCCCUGCAGGAGGUGGAUGAGAUAAAUGACAUGAACAACUCCUUGCAGGGUGAACUGAAGAUGGCAUGUAACGAAGUGGAGGAGAGUGAGCGAUUGGUAGAGAAGCUUCUUGCUGAUGUUUCUGCUCUAAGGAGGACUGUCAGUGAGAGGAAAGAAGAGCAGAGAAAACAUAUUAAAGUUGGCGACUCUACUCCAUCGCAGCCCCAGGAGAAUGUGCUUCUCUGUGAGGCCAUUAAGACGCUGUUCCCUGGGGAAGCUCUACUCCAGACAAAGGCUCUUACUUUUCAGGGGUUCCCCAUGCCCGAGUUCUGCUGCAGCACUGACCAUGACAUAGACAUCACCACAACACUGCCGUUGAUCCUGACUCAUAGGCUCCCCAAAGCCAGGAAGGCGAGGCUGAGAGGCGGUAGGGCAUCCUGGAGGAAACGUCCCCUCUGUGAAUCAUCUGAGGCACCAAAGAGGAGGAAAUGUCCACUGGAGGAGACUGAGGGGUCUUCAUUGUCAGCAAGCGGGUCAGAGACCGAAGAGGAUCUGAUAACUGCUAAUCAGAAUGGAAAUCAUGUAGAUGUGACUAACUCCCCUGUCUUCUGAUCACCAGAAAGAAAUUGACACGUUGCAUCAAAUGUAACUUGGUGUGCUAUACAAGAACAAGAAACUUGGACAUUCCUCUAUAAGCCUUUUUUUUUUGUCAAAAUAUUUCUGGACAUUCUGUGUUGACAGAAGUGGGGAAUGAUAGGAGGCAGCAGCACUGGACCACCACAGUCCCUUCUCAAUGGCUGUUCAUCUGUUCUUAUGGAUGCUUUCAGUUAGCUUAUUUUGGGGGUAACACUCAAAUUAUAGAAACUGUACACAUCCUUGAAAUUAAAAUAACUGUGCAGUGUUUAUAUUAAUGAUUUUAAUAGUUUAGCCUGUUAUUGAACAUGUACAUAAUUUAAUUAAAUUAUUUUCACAUGU